UCCAUACUGUGUCUUCAUAUGCUGCACCAUUCUCCCCUGACAGCUGGUGGAUUACAAUGGCUACACUCCAUACCUAAGACCAAGAGAGAGAGAGAGAGAGAGAGAGAGAGAAGCCUCAAUCCAACCCACACUAAUCAUAACUUCAACUUGAAAAUCUUCUUCUUCUAUCUAUAAAUACACACCAAUCUCUCAUCUCUGCUCUUUAUAUUUUACUGCUUCUACUGCUUAUAGUUUUAUCUUUUUUUCACUCUCUCUCAUGAUCAAUGGCUGACAAAGAGAGGAAGACCAGCUUUAAUAACCAUGCUGUAUGCGAACCCUGCAGAUCGUUUGGCCAGAAAUGCAGCCAUUUGGUGAAAAAGCAACGGGCCAAGUUCUAUAUUCUCCGUCGGUGCAUAGCCAUGCUUAUUUGCUGGCAUGAGCGCGAGCGUGGGGAGCCCUGAUUAUAUAUGAAUCACCUGCAAGCCCAACUAAGCUGGCUAGCUAGCUUUUGUCUGCUUGUAUUAUUAGCUUAUUUGCAAAUCUUGAUAUGUAGUUAUAUAUAUAUAUAUAUGAGAAUGUAAUUAAUAGA